AUGUUAUUUCGAGCACAUAUUGAUCGAAGCGAACAAAAUCAAAUUAUUGCAGUGGCUAAUAUGUCUCAUCCGGUCAAUGUCAGUGAAUCACAUCAAACAAUCGACAUCUCUUCAGAAGGCAUUGCACUCGAUCGUGAUAUUAUCGUGGAUAUUGAUUUGCCUCAAAAUCGAUCUCCAGUACUGGUUGCGGCAGAACAAUACAAUAAUGGUUCAAAACUUGCUAUUCUUACUGCAUUGAGUCCUGGUAACGCAGAUUUUAUCUCAAUAUUCGAUGAACAAAAUCCAAUUAUUGCAACAACCGAAUUUAUCUUCAUCAUUGACUGUUCUGGUUCAAUGGAUGAUGAUGAUCGCAUUAAUCUUGCUCGAGAUGCAAUGCUUCUAUUCGUGCGCAGUCUUCCAAUGGGCGCUCAUUUCAAUAUAAUUCGUUUUGGAUCAGAUUAUGAAAUUCUUUUCAAUGAUAUUACACUUACGACUUCUGUGUACGGCGAACGAACAGCCAAGCAAGCUGAAAAUCUUGCACGUACGAUGGCAGCCGAUUUAGGCGGUACAGAAUUAUUGGCACCUCUACAAUACUUGAAAGAUCAUCCACCGGCUAGUGGUCGAUCACGACAGGUGUUCAUCUUGACCGAUGGUGAAAUCCAAAAUACAGAUGAGGUAAUUGAAUUGUGUCGGUUAAUGUCAUCGACUACACGCAUUUUCUCGUUUGGUCUUGGGCCUACACCUUCUCGAUCCCUAGUCAAAGGUCUUGCUCGUGCCACAAAUGGUCAUUUUAUUUUUAUUCCUCCGAAUUCCACAGUCGAUAGGUACGUUGGUAUUCAGCUUCGUCGAGCCCUUCAACCGUCGUUUGUUAAUGGUGCGUUGCAAUGGUUUGGCUCGUUGCCUAAAAGUUCUCAAGCACCAAGAACUAUUCCUCCAGUAUAUCCAGAUGAUCGUGUACUUGUCUAUACUCUAUUCGAAAAUUUCAACUUUCAAGGACAAUCACCAUUGGUAGAUUUUAUGGUCGAAAAUCGUCGAAUCGGUAGUGCUUCAUUCAAUGGUAAUGAUGUACGCGAGGGGAAUACGAUUCGUCGUUUGAUAGCUAAAGCUUUAAUACAAGAAUUGCUGCAUAGGGGAAAUGAGUCGUACAAUAAGUAA